GUGAAUUAUGGUUUUUCUGUUAACUUCUGAUUGUUUUGUCUCCGAUAUGGUCAUGUUAUUCGUGUGCCCGUUAGUGGAAGGUUUAUAAACGCUAGCACAUGUCGACAUGUUAUUGAUAGAACUGGUUCGUUCAAGUGACCCUGCUAGUGGGGGUUAUACACUAGCAAAUAGUAUAUCUGCCAGUGGGAGGUUUAUAACACUGGUCGUGACCUAUAGAGGAGACGUCUAUUUUGUUCCCGCACUGUAUCCAUUUUUCUGAUUAUACUUGUUGGCAUGCUAUAAGUUUAAUUAAGGGCUAUCCAUAUUUACUUACUGAGUUUAUCUCAUAGUUUUUCCUUAUCCACCAUUUUAGGAAGCGAAGUCAAGGACAGGAAAAACGAGGGGAGUGGCGAGUUAGAAGGCUAGCCAUCUUGUAAAUUGAGCAUAGAUUUAGAUAUAAAUCAUGAUAUUGUAAACUAGACUUUAUUUGGAGAUUUUAUGAUAUCAGAGAAAUUUUAAAUUUUAU